AUGAAUACCACAUGUUCACAACCUCUUUUAUGGAGUCAAGCUAUUAUUGACAAUGCAAAGCCUCAACUUUAUGCUAGUAUUAUUGCUUUAUUUACUCAUUUAAUAUUUUGGCUUCAAAUUAUUUUUUGUUCAUCUCUUCGACAAAAAUCACUUCAAUGGAUCUACUCUUAUCUUAUCACUGAUAUUCUUCUUCUUGCUCACUUUUUCUUUAGUUAUUUUGUUCAUACAACAUCUACGAACUGUAAACCAAGCAGAUCAUGGGUUUUAUUUAUCUGCUAUUUUGAAGCAGCACUUGAUAAUUAUCUCAAUAUAACUGAAGUAUAUAUUCUAUUAGCUUUGAAUAUAUGUCGGUAUAUACGAAUAGCAUACAAUCGAAAUGUGUACCAAGUCCAUAUGAAAGUAUUGAUCUUGACUGAAUUUGGUAUCUUUUUAAUACCAUUAAUUAUUUUUAUUCUGGAAUUUCUUUUUGGUUGGACUGAGAUAAAAGAGCUUAUUAGAGAUAGUUGUGACGUAUUUUAUACGAAUAUCUAUAUUCAAAUAUUUAAUACAAUUUUCGGAUAUGCAUUACCAAUGUUUUUGAACAUGCUGGUGAUUUAUGCUGGUAUUCGUCAUAUUCAUUUAGCAUCAACUUUACAACGGACACAACAUCAUGUUUCAGCUCGUGAAAAAUAUCAUCAUUCAUUAGUUAUUCAAUUUCUUUGUUUCUAUCUUAUUUGGGGUGGACUUUGGUCGCCAUAUGUUAUUAUUUCUCAAGUAUCAUUUAAUAAUCAGAAUGUGAUGAAUACUGUGACGCUGCUUAGUUUUAUUCAAAUAGCAUUUGAUCCAAUAAUCAUCGCAGCUUUAGAUGUUCGUUUUUGGCAUGAAUGGCGAAAAGUCUACUUUCAUGUAAAAAACACUAUAUUCUUUACUCGACUUAAUCAUGGACGAAUUCAACCUUUAACAGUGAAUCUUAAUUAA